ACAAAAACAAACCAUGCCUAGUGCGAGAAUGAGAAUCCCAAUUUAUUCACACGAUUUCUCCGGCGAUGGUCGUGAGCUUCAGUUUCAUGACCAACCGGCGGCGACUUUCUCCGAUAUGGUUUUCGGGUUUCUAGAGGAUAGUUACGAAGAGUCAUUUCGAGCGAGUCCCGGCAGCGAGGAGGGUAGAGAAAAUGAAGAAGUUGAUGAAGAAAACGAAGAGAGAUCAGCGAACGAAAGCGUUGAAGAUGACAAAAACUUCUGGGAGAAACAACACCAGCUUCUACAAGCUACCUUAUGCAGGACUAGCUCCUUGGAAUCAGGGAUAAGGAAUGUCACUAAAGAGGCAGUGAAGGAAAUUCAGAUGGCAGGAACGAUCUGUGGCUGUGGAAGGCCAAUGGUAGGUGGCUGCCGGAAUUGUUUGAUGACAGAAAUCUCAGGCCGUCUCCGAAAUGCCGGCUAUAAUAGUGCCAUUUGCAAGUCUAAGUGGAGAAGUUCUCCAGAUAUCCCAUCAGGGGAACAUGCAUUUUUGGAUGUAAUAGACAAUUCAAAUUCUAAAAAAGGAGAGGUGAGGGUGAUAAUAGAAUUAAAUUUCCGAGCUGAGUUUGAGAUGGCGAAAGCAAGCGAAGAGUACAAUCGGCUAGUCCUGCGAUUACCGGAGAUAUUCGUCGGAAAAGAAGAAAGAUUAAACACAGUAAUAAAAAUCUUAUGCUCGGCAGCUAAGAAGUGCAUGAAAGAAAAGAAAAUGCACUUAGGGCCAUGGAGAAAACAAAGGUACAUGCAAGCAAAAUGGCUGGGCACUUGCAAAAGGACAACAGUGAUGCCUGCCUUUUCAAUGGGAGAUACCGGCCGGCUGCCGAAGCCCAAGGCGUCGAUGCUAACGGUGGAUUUGCUAGAGAUGCUUCCUAAUAUGCAUUGUACAGCAGUUGAGGUUGUGUGAUCUUUGUGGAAUAAAAAUUUUGUUCCUCUUCUGUUU